UCACACACGUAGUCGUGCCGGACUUGGUUGCACAUUUUGAAGGGGAAUAAUUUACUCUUCCAAAAGACAUCUCAAAAUUCGGAGAUUAUGGAUCGAGAGAUUGACAGUCAAGCUAAAGUUAUGUGGACUCCUGACCGAAAGAAACGCACGAAUAUGGAUGCAUUUCGUGAUGAAGUGAAUCGAAAUCACAAAAACCUGAAGUUGGGAGACAAUUACGAUGAAUUGUGGAGAUGGUCAACAGAGAAUUAUUCUGACUUCUGGGAAGCUUGCUGGUCAUUUCUUGACAUUGUGCACUCCAAAAAAUACGAAAAUGUAGUGGAUAAAGACAAAGGAAUUGCAGAGAUACCAGAGUGGUUUUCAGGUAGCAGAUUAAACUAUGCAGAGAAUCUUCUUCGCUACACAGAUGAUAGGGUGGCUCUCUAUCAAGCAGCGGAGGGCAAAGCAGACAUUGUUCGUAUUACGUACAAACAGCUACGAGAGGAUGUUGCUCGGUAUGCAGCUGCCAUGCGCAAGAUGGGCAUCCAAUCAGGAGACAGGGUUGUAGGUUAUAUACCAAACUGUGCUGUCGCCAUAGAGGCAAUGUUAGCUGCUGCAAGUAUUGGUGCUAUAUGGAGUUCAACAUCUCCAGAUUUUGGUGUCAUGGGUGUGCUAGAUCGGUUCAAGCAAAUCCAGCCCAAGUUGAUCUUCUCUGUCGAGGCGGUGAUCUACAACGGGAGAACUCACGCUCAUGACAAGAAACUCAAUCAGGUCGUCAUGGGAAUACCCGAGCUGGAGCGAGUAGUCGUUGUGCCUUACGUCAAAGUAGAGGGAGAAAUUGACAUCUCUAACAUUCCAAAAAGUGUCUUCCUGUCUGAGUUCCUUGAAUCUGGCAAAGAAUCAGAUGGUAGUGUGCCCCCGCUGGAGUUUGAACAGCUGCCUUUCAACCACCCUCUGUACAUCAUGUAUUCAUCAGGAACAACCGGCGCACCAAAGUGCAUGGUCCAUUCUGCCGGGGGAACUUUGAUUCAACAUCUGAAGGAACACAUUCUCCAUGGCAACAUGACCAGGAAGGAUAACAUUAUUUAUUACACCACAACUGGUUGGAUGAUGUGGAACUGGUUAGUGACUGCGUUGGCUGUCGGCAGUGGAGUGGUACUCUAUGACGGAUCGCCCCUCGUACCAACUGCAAAUGUUCUCUGGGAUUUGGUGGACCAGCUAGAGAUCAGUAUUUUAGGAACUGGUGCUAAGUGGCUGUCGGUCCUGAACGAGAAGGAAAUUCACCCAGGCAGUACACACAAGUUGACUUCCCUUCAUACGAUCUUGUCCACUGGCUCACCACUCACUCCGAGCUCCUAUGAGUACGUCUACUCCAAGAUAAAAGCUGAUUUAUUACUUGGAUCCAUUACAGGUGGAACUGACCUUAUAUCCUGUUUUGCUGGUCAGAACCCAACAGUGCCUGUACAUCGAGGGGAACUACAAAGCCGUAAUCUGGGCAUGGCUGUUGAAUGCUGGAACAUUGAAGGCAAGGCUGUGUACAAUGAGAGUGCAGAGCUGGUCUGCGUGAAGCCCUUUCCCAGUAUGCCAACACACUUCUGGAAUGACCAAGAGGGCUUGAAGUACAAGAAAGCAUAUUUCUGUAAAUUCCCAGGAGUUUGGGCACAUGGUGAUUUCUGUAUGAUCAAUGAGGAAACAGGUGGUCUAGUCAUGCAGGGAAGAAGUGAUGGAACACUCAAUCCCAAUGGGGUCAGGUUUGGCAGUGCAGAUAUUUAUAAACUAGUGGAAGACUUCAAAGAGAUCCAAGACAGUCUGUGUGUACCUCAGCGCAGCGCCAACAACGAAGAACGUGUCGUCUUAUUCCUUAAGAUGGCCAAUGAGAAGGACUUCAGCCAGGAGCUGAUCAAGAGGGUCAGAGUCGCCAUCCGAUCGGGGCUAUCGGCGAGACAUGUUCCUGAAGUCAUUCUGGAGACCAAGGAUAUUCCGUAUACCAUUAAUGGUAAGAAGGUUGAGGUAGCAGUGAAGAGGAUCAUCUCAGGUGAAGACGUCCAACAGCGAGGAGCUUUCUCAAAUCCAGACUCCUUGGACCUCUACUACAACAUACCGGAAUUACAAGGUUAUAAGGGAUCACGAUCCCUGAAAGACCUUCCGAUCAAACCCUCCAGUUCUGGAGUAAAGAAGAUUUUUCACGACCCUCCAAGCCCUGAUGCCGAGCCAGUGUCAAAAAAAUGUAACAUUGGAAAUUCUUCCGGGUGUGGUGACGACAAAAGAUGAACAUGUAGAUGUUAUUCCUUUUUUUAAAGAACUAGGACGGGGUUUGAGAUCACGAAGCCAUAUUUUCCUUUGGGCCUAACAUCAUAAAGCCUGUAAGCACAAAAACUGGCCGAGCACAACAAGAUAGGUGACCAGCUAGAGUACCAUACAGUUACCAUUGUUGUGACUGGUACCCCAAUCAUUUCUUGCUUAGCAAAGAAAUUUGCUCAGCAGAAUUUUCUGCUUGACAGCUUUAUGAUAUUGGGCCUUGGUGUCUGAAAUCACUACCAAAGGGAUAUAGUAACUGAUUGGUUUUUGCAGCUGUUUAUACAUGUAGUAUAAAUUUAUCAGAUUAACCUAGUUUUAUGUAGAUGGAUUUAUAUGAUAAAAUUUUAUUCUGUUAAAAACUUGAAAACUGCGCUGUGGACAAGUUUAGGUCAUAUCAUAAAGGGAGAGAGACUUUUGUCUGAAAUCAGCUUAGAAUGUCUGAAGCCACUUGCUGCAUUUUUUUGUGGAAAUCUCUUCCUGGUCCAUAAGUCCCAUUCCAUUGCAUGACACACACUGAGAUGUCUUAAGUUUAAGUCGGUUCAUUUUAAUUAAAAUUUGGUUGAACAAAGAAAACAUCACUCCAGUGGGACUUCAAUAUGCAACCUCAGAAUCAACGUUUUGGCACUCUACUGGGCUAUCUAGCUUUAAUAUUGGCGGUAUUCCCGUUUUGUCAAUAUCAUUCUUCUCGAGUGCGGGUCAGAAGUCAUUUUAAUAUUUGGGGUCCAAUUGCAUUUUUAACGAAGCACAAAACUGUCAUGCUUGCUGCAGAAAAAGGUUACCAGCCAAAAUACCAUGUAAUGUGUACUGUUUGCAACUGGUUUUCGGUUUUAUUUUGCAUAGCAGAAAAUUAUUAAGCUGAACGAAAUUGGACCAUUGUGCUUGGCUCUGUUUGUGCUAAAGGGAAUUUUUUUUAAUUGAAUUUGGAAAGGAAUUUUGAAAAAAAAAAAAGUAUUUGCUUUUGUCAGUAAUUAUCAAGAUUGUUUGAGGUGAUGGAAAAGCCAGGAGAAGCCGUAUUCAUUUAUAAGAAAGUUAAAACCGCUAGUUAAAUAAAUAACUAAGCCAAAUCUAACUCUUUACACCGAUGACUUUUAAGCACUGUAGACUCGGUACUUUCCUUUCUGUGAAAGUACCGAGUAAGGGUUUAAACAAAUUAUUUAUCCCUGAUGCAAAAUCUACAAACAACAAAGUCAUUCAUUUUUUAAGAGGUAUAAUAGUAUGUCCAAGGAGUAUUUAUGUAAAAAAAAAAUUGGGAAACUUAGCAGCUGAGAAGUUGAGUAAAAAAUAUCUAAUUAGAAACCUUAUUUAUUAGAAGUAUUCUUGAUGUUAAGACUGAAAAAAUUACUAGGUCAGAUUCGUCAAUUGUAUUAUACUUCUAUAAUUGCAGAUUUAUAAAGGAGUCAUCAUGUUGCUAUAACUGAUUCUCCACUAUAUUUUUACUUGGGAAAUAAAGUUGGUUGUUUUCCUAGUGUUUGUAAAGAUAAAAGAUUAAUAUGUACAUAUAAAUAUAGUAUGAUCAAUACUGGAUAGCGGCAGUAACAGGGAUUGCAGUGGGAAACCAUGCUUUUUAUUUGGCUGUACACAAUAAAUAUCUUGUGGGAAGAAAUGACCUGAAACAUUAUAAAUGGGCACCAAGAAAUGUCUGAUGCUGGACUCGAACCUGAAACCCUGUGACUACUCUACUAUAUGCAUAUCUAAAUUUAACAUCUAUUAUAUAUAAUGCAUAUCAAAUAAAAAAACAUGAGACGAGUGUCAUCAAAAUAUCUUGGCGUAUAGAGUUUGAAUGAUCCCUGGCACCAACAUUUGGGUCAUACAUGAUUUUGAAUGUUUGUCAAAUGAAAUACAUUUGUGUUAAAUGAUAAAUUCAGUUUAAAAAUGCUUUGUUUUCUCAUUGAUAUUUGCAUGUUACCCCAAGAAGUAUAUGUAUGUCUGUAGUGCAAUAUUAAUUAUUGUUCAGAGUAAAACAAAUUGGUUGGAACUCCACCUCUAAAUGGAUUGUGCAAACUUUUGUUUCCUGGAAACUUGUAGUAGUUAUUGUUUUGGUUCCAAAAGCUAGCAUGUUCAAGUUCCACCAGAAUCAAUAGUAACCACAAACAAGGUGUUGGAAGGUUUUUAGAUAAUUUAUGAUCUGUAUGACAUUUGAGUCUGGCUUUGGGAAGAUAAAAUGGAAAUAAAAUAUUGAAAUAUU